UUGCGCAUUCGUUACGUUUCUCUUCCAGCUGGUUAAAACAGCUGAUGCGCGGCGAUAUACCGUCAGCAGUGCUGCCCCCACUUUUGCGGGGCACCUCCUCCCUCCUGCCCUGGGCUGCCCGAUCAGCUGGCCACCGACUCGGUUUUCUGCUGUCAGUUGUGCUCAGACAUCUCGACGCGUUCGAUCGAAAACAAUAACAACAAAAACAAUGUUUGGACAAUUAGUAAACUACCUAUUGGGAACAACAAACACUACCACACCCACCGUUAACAUUAGACCAGACCAACAACCACCGAAUUUAUCCACCGAACCAUCUCGCGUCGCUCCUCUAGUUUUAGAAGAAGACGAUGGUUGGCUUUUGGUUGAUCGUGAUAGCGAAGGAAAUUCCGUCGGUACCGUUGACGAUGACGACCUUGAAGAUACCGAUUUGGACGACCUCAUCGACCCCAUCCACGACCUGGAAGAUCCUGAAUUGGACCGAUUGGUCGUCCCGUCUGAGAUGACACGAAGUGAAUCUUCGUCGUCUUCGCACGCGGCUAUGGAAGAGUCAUGGUACAUCACCCCACCGCCGUGUUUUACCUCGACUGGAACCGUCGUGAUGGAAACGUCGCCGUUGGAAAAUUUGCUUAUCGAGCAUCCAAGCAUCAGCGUUUAUAGGCACCAUCCGAAUCCCCAACAUCCACAUUUUAGGAUUCUUAGCCAACAAUUAAGGGAGAGAUCGAGCGAGGUGGAGGACGAUGAAGAUGAGGAAGUGGAUGUUGUUAAUGUUGAGGAUGAUUUUGUGGAAAUUGAAGACAGGUUGUUGUGGAGGGAACCGGUUAGAAGGAGAAGGAUGAGACACGUAGAUGAGGUUUUAAGACAGCAAGAUGUUCAAAGGGUUAGAACGAAAAGUGCACAAAGGGUACAAAUUCAAAAAGCGUGCCAGACUUUGAAAAAAGGUUAUCUGGAACGCACCAAUAAGGCUCGUGAUGUAAACAGUCGUAACCAGCGUCAGCGUCGUGGUGAAAAAUCGCAGGGGGCACGACGUUCCUGCGCCAAUAACAACCGCAAGUGCUGAGCACAACUAAAACACUCUGAUCUCACCGGGUACAAUCAGGCGGAUGGAAAUGUUCCAAAAAAAAACAUUUUUAAACUAGAUCCAAAUAACACAAACAAAAUAUUGAGAAAUUAACCAAAAAUGAAUUCAGAAUAGAUAAAUUAAGAAAGGAAACUGAAUAUUUUAUGAUUGAUUAUGGUAAUUAUAGAUUAUAUGACGUUUAAAACGUUUUAAUUUGUUUGGGAGAAGGGAAACAUUUCAUAAAAAAUCCCUGGAUAAGUCCAAUUUUUGCGAGUUAAUAAAUAAAUCAAUAGUAAUGAUGUUUUUUUUUGUUGAGUAAAAGGGGAAUUUAUUAAAUAUUGUUACUAUUGAGUCUUCUUUUGAGUUGUUUAUUUAUUUUGAGUUAUUUCAUAAAAUAUUCAGUUCAAAACUGAAUGAAAUUACAUUAAUAGAUUGAGUGUGGUAAAAAAAAUCUUAAAUUUUAAAACCGUUUGUGUUCAAAAAAUGAUUAAAUCAAAAAAAAUCUUUCCUCCGAUCUGAAUUGUCCGGCUUUUUUUUUCUAAAUCGUAAGUUUGAUUAAUUAAUCUAAUUAAUUUGCUUUCUGUAAAUUGUUUCGGGCAUUACCGAUAAACAAAAAUCAAGAAGAUGUAAAUAGAGUUAUUUUUAUUAUUAGAUUUAGUUAAAUGAUACCCUUAAAUUAUUUUGUUGAAAUAAAAAGAAUCAAUAAUA